GUCCGCUGUGUGCGGGCCGGGCCCACUCCUGCCCUGGCCGAGGUGCAGGCGCCGCUCGGGCCCGCCUCGGAGGAGCCCGCCGCCCCACCGGCCCCAUCCCCGUGCCCAGAGCAGAGACUGGGGCCCCACCAGGCUCGGGGGACUGGGUCUCAGACACAGGCUGGGCGGACAGGCCAGCGGGGAGCAGACCUCGUCGCCUCCACCCAGCGGAGGCCUCCGCCCGCAGUGGUCCUGAGUGCGGCCACCAUCACCCCGCGCCCCGGGAACGGUGAGCCCUGCCCGUCUGGCCAUGCUCCUGUCAGACAAGGGAGGGCCCAGCAGGCCACAGCGGAGAGGACACGACGGGACGCGGCCGGUUGCAACCAGUUGGUCCAGCCCCUCCGCUGA